CUUGUUCAGAAGUAGCUGCUGAGAUCGGUUUCUCUGUGUAUCCUCUGGCUGAAGAGCAGAGCCCUGCCUACAGCCAGCUCAGCAUGGACAGUGAGACGGACAACUCCCACAGCACCACUGACAACAGCAGGGAAGAUGAGGGCAGAGCCUCCCAGUCGGAGCCCAGCUUCCCCCCCUAUCUGUCCUGCAGGGGCUGCGGACAGCUCCGAGACGAACCUCUGGGACCGGGCAUAGACCUGGUCGGCCCGUACUGCCUGAGGUGCUGCAAAGCCUCAAGGGAAGCCAAAAGCCCAGACUUCUGUUCCCCUUUCGGAAGCAUCAGCGGGAUUCGUCCUGGUGCGCAUUUGCAUUUUGAAGAAGAAGAAGACGACGAGAUGGAAAGCGAGAUGAGUGACAAAGAGCUGUCAGCUGAGGACAAAUUGGCCAAACUGCACUCGUGCCACAUCUGUGGCUUCUCCUCGCGUUACGCCAACCAUGUGAAGCGUCACAUGAAGACACACAACGGGGAGAAGCCCUAUAACUGCCCCCUGUGCACGUACGCCUCGGCCCAGCUGGUCAACCUGCAGAGACACCUGCGCAUUCACACUGGGGAGAAACCUUAUAAAUGUGACAUGUGCACGUUUGCCUGCAGUUCCCUUGGCAACCUGAAGAGGCAUCAGCGCAUGCAUGUGUGCUCUGCAGGGGCGGGACAGGACGCCCCUCCUCGACCUGCCAUUGGCCAAAACAGCCUGAAGAGGCAUGUGACUGGGCAAAGACCCAAUGAAGAAGUGUCUGGACCUCCAGCCAAGGUUUCAGAAACUGCAAGGUCGACUUCAAACCUGAGUUUGGGAGCCCAGAACAAUGACUACAUGUCAGCCUUUGAUGGCUUAAAGGGGGCGUCGCCACCACCCAUACCUGCCUCUAACCCAGCUCCUAGCCACCAGCCUCCCCCCCACCAGCUGCCUCCCCCCCAGCUGCCUCCUCCCCAGCUGGGCAACAGCAGCACCAGGGCAACCAGAGGGGGCAUAGCAGACGGCGCCCCCCUCCCCUCUUCACUCUUCCCUUAUACUUGCCGCUUGUGUGGCAUUGUCCUUGAGGACGAGGACGGCACCACUGCACAGAUCUGUCCCAAGUGCACCCUUGAAAUGCUGACUAAAGACUCUUCGUCGUCUCCCAACAGCCCCGGGGAGCGCAGCGACAAGGUGUACACCUGCUCCGCCUGCCCCUUCCUCACACACUACCCAAACCACUUGGCCCGCCACAUGAAAACUCACAGCGGCGAGAAGCCAUACAAGUGCCCACAGUGCGACUAUGCCUCAGCGCACUUCGACAACCUCAAGCGCCACCACAGAGUGCACACAGGCGAGAAACCUUACAAGUGCCAUUUGUGCGAUUACGCCUGCGGGAACCUGGCCAACCUGAAGCGCCAUCAGCGCGUUCACUCGGGUUUGAAGCCCUUCCAGUGCGACGUGUGCAGUUACAGCUGCAACCAGAGCAUGAACCUGAAGCGGCACAUGCUACGACACACAGGAGAGAAGCCGUACAAGUGUCAGGAGUGCGGCUACACCACUGGCCACUGGGACAAUUACAAGAGACAUCAGAAAAAACACGGCCUGGCCACAGACGGCUGGGUCAAAGUCCCAAUGACUGGCAACAAUGAAGAAGAGGAUGCAAGGAAAGGGAUGGGAGGUGGCGCUCCGGCUCACAGAAAAGAAAGCGGAGUUGAUAUGCAGUACAUGUCUAGGGAGGAAGGCCAGACUAUACACUCGUGCUACAAACUUGAGAUUGUAUAAAACUCAGCAAAGUUAAGCUACCAGCAAUUAUCUUUUUGGUUUUCACAGAGCCUUUAUAUGAGCCUUUCUAUUGUUUUAGUGUGUGUCUUAGUGUUUUGUCGGAUGUCUUCAGAGGCUGCUAAUUGUUUAUUUGUAGAACCCCGCACAAUUAUCAAACACAAUUCUUACUGUUUAAACUCUUUUUUGUUUGGAUUAAGUAGUCGAGUGUUUGUCUUCUAUUCUGCGUUUGUGUCUAACAAUAGUACUUUGUCUCCUGUGGAAGUCUUUUAAAUGUCUUCAUCUGUAUUUUACACUACAAUAGGCUAAUUCUAACAUUUCCCCUCUCAUAUAUUUACACAUGUUCUUCAUUUGAAGACAGAAAACACUACCAAAUACAUGUGCACAUUUUUGCCUGAACUGCUGAACUGCACUGUGUAGUGAUAGGAUUUCUUUAAAUAAGGGACAAUUGCUAUUUUUUCAAGUUGUUAGGAAAACCUUUUUUUGCUUUGUACCAAAAAUGACAUUAAAUAACUUGAAUGUUGCCAAUAGAUUAUUUCAUUAUCUUUGGAUUGCUUCAUGAGUUUUUUCUGACUACACAGUGCAGCUUUCAGUAAAGAUGGGUCCUUGUAAGGGUCAAUAUUUAGCUUUGUUUGCAUUGGCACAUGCUCUAUUAAUGGCAUGUCUUCAGAUGAAUUUACUAACUUGUGUAGUACUAGCAAAGUGCUAUUAAAAAAUACUGGACUUGUUUUACACUUGGUUUAAGUAUAUUGAUGAAUUAGGUUGUGUUACUAAGUAAUCUCCUGUGUUUUGAACGGCAGUGUCAUCUUUCCUGAACCCCUCAGGUCUAUAACAUGUGAUUUGGAAGACUCAAAUGUUUAAAAUAUAUAUUUCUGGUUAUAAACACUAAAAUGGCAUGCACAGGCAUCUUGAGAGGGUCUGUUCAGUUGGUUGUAUGGUUAAAGAAAAAGCACAAUCAUACACAUACUGACAUUCAAAAACAGUUUAAGACUUAAGUGACGGAGGAGAAAAUUCAUUGGAUGAUAAUUCUUAUAUCAUUUAGGAGUAACACGACGUAAACAAGCAUGCCGUUCAAAGGAAUUAUUUCCCCACCAAUUAGUACCUGCUAUAUCAUUUAUUUGAAUUUCCUGUUUACUGUGAAAUUAGCCCAUUCUCACGCUUUUACUUGAAAAAUAUGACUAUUAGUGAGCAUGUGUGUGUAAUAGUUGUUUUACUUUUCUAAAGUGGCUGUAAUACACUGAUAGAAGAGUAUACCUUAAUGUAUGUAGGAUUUGUUUUUAAUGUGUGUCAUUUAGUUCCCAUUGGAAACAGGGACUGUGAUUUACGUUUACGCUCUUUUUUUAAAUUCCUAUUAUAUGCAAGUGAGAUUUUUUCAGGUUGCCAACUUGCCAUGACACAAUGGAGCAUCGAUUAGUACUGACAUCCCCCAAGUGUCUGUUUUUGUCUUCAUGCAGUGUCUCAUAAAUGCCUUAAGUGAGGACUUUGAAAUAAACAUGGAAUUCAUUUCAUUGAAUGUCACACAACA